CAUGAGGAACUUGCUGGUGGUCUACUGCCUCUUUGGGGCUACAGCUUUAGUGUCCGGACACGGUGGCCGCAUCGUGAGCGGCGAGCCGGCGGAGGACCACGAGUUCCCGGCGCUGGCGUCUCUGCACGUGAACGGCAGCCACUACUGCGGCGCCAACGUCCUGAAUGAGCGCUGGCUGCUCACCGCCGCGCACUGCGUCAUAGCCAGCGGGUGGUCUCAGCAGACCAUACUGGCCGGCACCAACUCCCAGACCAGUGGAGGCUCCGUCCACCAGGUGGAACAGGUCAUCAUACACGAGAACUACACUGGCAUGCCGGUCUUUUUUGCAGAUAUAGCACUGAUCAGGGUGUCGCCGCCGCUGCCCCUGGACGGUGUGACCGUCUCCACAGUGCGGCUGCCCACGCAGGGCCAGGAGACAGAGGACAGAGCUGCCGGUGUCGCCGCUGGCUGGGGGUACCUCUCGAGUGACUACGGGAACGAAACGCUGGCUCCAUGGCUGCAGAAACUCGACGUUAUAGUUAUCAACAACGAAGACUGUCAGAAGGACUACAGAUUCAACAUUAUCUUGCCAGAACACAUUUGUGCAGGAAAUCCGCAGCCUCGGCAUGGAGUGUGCGGGGGUGACUCUGGCGGUCCUCUGUACGUGGACGGGCUGCUGGUGGGCACCGUGGACUUCAUGCAGUACUGUGGCGGCAUCACGCCGCCCAGCGUCUUCACGAGGGUCGCUUCCUUCGUGGACUGGAUACAUAACAACAUCCAGUAGGUCUGGCGUUGUGCGUGGAAAAGUGAAUCAUGAUCAUUGUAAGAAGUCUCAAGGUUUUCUUUAUUUUCUCCUCAAUAAA